AUGGGUUCUCUCGAUUAUCUCAAGCCGACUAAAACGACAAUGAAGGCGCAGCAAUACGAUGCCCGGGACAAUAAGCUAUACCUCAACGAAGUACCGAUUCCAGAACCGCAACCGCAUGAAGUACUCGUUAAAGUUGCCUGCGCGUCGCUGUGCCAUUCAGAUAUUAUGUUGUUCGAACCUAAUGAUCAGGGCCUAAUCCUUGGGAAGAAUCCAGUAACAAUUGGCCAUGAAGCAACAGGGGUAGUUGUCUCUACGGGUUCGGGCGAGGUCGCGAGAAAAUUCAAAACUGGGGACAACGUUGGAUUUAUUUGCGCGGUAGAGUGCUGUUUCGAAUGUGAGCAAUGUAGGAAAGUCCAUAAUGCGUAUUGUGCCAAAGGAACCACCAAAAUGCAGGGAUUUACAUUAGAUGGAUAUUUCCAAGAGUAUGUUUGCGUGGAUGCGCGGGCCACGAUGAUCCUGCCUCCGGAGCUCGACGUAAAAACGGCCGCACCGCUUUUCUGUGCCGGAGUUACAGCGUUCCAUGGAGUGGAAGACUGCGGGCUCCAGCCUGGGCAAUGGAUGGCUAUCAUCGGGUGCGGUGGGUUAGGCCAUUUGGGGGUUCAAUACGCAAAAGCAAUGGGUUACAAGGUCAUCGGUCUCGAUAUCGCUGAUCAGGCCCUGGAAGAAGCCAAGAAUUGUGGUGCUGAUCAUGUUUUCAACUCUAUGACAGACAAGGACUGGCAGAAGAAAGUCCUAGAGAUUACCGGCGGUGGUGUUGAUGCUGCUGUAAACUUUACAGCUUCUAAAAAGGCUUACGAUGACACUCCAGCAAUUAUCAAGCCUGGCCUAGGGCUUUUGAUGAUUGUUGGUAUUCCGAGACAACCACUCGAGUUGAAUGCGCUGGACAUUGCCCUUGGUCGCUAUCGAGUGAAGGGCUCAAACAACGGAACAUGCUACAAUAUGAGGCCUGCUAUCGAGUUCAGCGCGAAACACAACAUUAAACCUCACCUAACGCUUUACAAGCUAGAGGAACUUCCAAAGAUGAUUGAUUUGAUGGCAACUCAAGGACGGAUGGGUGUGGUAUUUGAUUGA